AUGACUUUGGAUCCCCCUUCGUACCUCUCCUCGCUCCAGAACAACAUUCGUAGUCGACCAAUUCCCUUCGAAUCCUGUGUGCGCGCCGGCACAAUAAGUGACGACCAGUUGAGCAAGAUCAGAUCCGUGGACAAGGUCAGGAAAGAACAGAGGAAAGAAGCCGUGGAAGGUGACCUCGAUGGAUAUCGCACUCUAUUUGUGGGUAGUGGUGGGAAGGCGGGCGUAAUAGAAUCAGCUGCAAAGCGUGGAGAUGUCGUACAGUAUAUCUUGGUCCUCUUCAGCGACUUGCUUGAAGGAAUCCCGGCUUUCGCAAAAGCUCUCUCCGAACAUCAAGACCCAUACGGCACUCUGUUACCCCUCCUAAAAUCCAACGACGUCGAAAGCACAAUACCACUACUGACCUCGACGGUCCUUACGGCUAUCAUUUCUGGCACUCCAAGCUUCUCCAAGAAAGAAUCGUCUGCGAUCCCCAAGCUCUUCACCUACCUCUCCACAUUAACCAAGGCAACAGACGGAGGCCUACAGGAUAUAGGGGUCCUGCAAUACUCAGCAUUGUUGCGAGGCAAGAGAUCAAGGCAGUUAUUCUGGGAUCAAAGGAGCGAGACAGUUGGACCUCUUGUGGAAAUCCUUAAGGCAGCUGCGGGUGUAUCGAACGGAGAUUCGGCCUCUACCUUGUGGAGUGGUGCAGCUAGCUUCCGGAGCGGACCUGAGGGUACUCUGGGAGGCGGAGUAGGCUUGCAGCUACUCUAUCACGUUCUGUUGGUCUUGUGGCAGCUGAGUUUCGAGGGCGCUGAGAUUGGAGAAGGUCUGGACGACGAGUUUGAUGUCAUUCCUCUCUACACACAGCUUCUAAGACUAUCGCCCAAGGAGAAGACCACCCGACUCUUGAUAUCAUCGCUGUACAAUCUUCUUUCGACAAACAGAUCCUCGUUGCUUCCUGCUGCAGUACUCGCACGACUUCCCGCCCUGCUCCAGAACAUCAAUGGACGCCAUCUUUCAGACACGGAUCUUCUUGACGAUCUUAAAAACCUCAGCGAGAUGCUCGACGAGUAUACGAAGACCCAGACAACAUUCGACGAGUACGCUGCUGAAGUCAACUCUGGCCAUCUCCGCUGGUCACCUCCGCAUAGAAGCCCUACCUUCUGGGCCGAGAACGCUCGCAGAAUCCUCGAGCAUGAGAAGGGCACAUUACCCAAGAAGCUCGCGGAGAUCAUGGGCAAAUCUUGGGAGAAUGACAAAUCAGUUCUGGCUAUCGCCUGCAACGAUGUCGGAUGGCUGGUCAAGGAGGUUCCUGAGAAGCGGUAUCUGUUGGAGAAGUUGGGCUUGAAGACGAGGGUUAUGGAGUUAAUGCAAGAACCGGAUGAGACUGUCAGGUGGGAGAGUCUCAAUGCGCUAUCCGGAUGGCUGAGAUACAGCUUUGAGACGAAGUGA